UAUUAAUAGGGGGUUACAGGACUUGGUAGGUAAUCAAACUAAGUAGUCUUGAGAAUUGGCAAAUAAGCACUUUUCAUUGAAGGCUGCAUGGAAACGUAAGAAACUCUUCUUGGGCUAUGCCUGAAUAUUGUUAAGUCAACACCUGUUUUAGUGAAAUGGCCACCCCAGGCUAAGGCCUCAGAAGAUACAAUGUUAAGGCUCUGUGGGCAUAAGGAAAGAGAGUGGGGGGACUUAAUGUGGUCUACUCCAUAGUUAAGAGUCUUGAGUUAAUUUCUUAGGUCAAACUACCUGUGCAUGUCCCUCGAGAGAGGAAUGAUCUGGGAGCAGCCAGAAAAUGUGUUGAGGCAGGAAUGUAGCCUACAUAAAGCAUGCUUGCCACAUCCAUUCCUAUCUCUAAUCCAAGUCACUUUAGUAUCAGUAUUUUGUAUGACAUCAGAGCCAUAUACACACUCUUAGGCUUUAUAAUUAGCGGUAGAGUUGUACAUAGUGUAAGAAAGAUUUUUUUUUAUAGAACUGAUAAUAACAGAAAAAUAUUAAAUGAACAGACAAAAGUCUUAGUUUUGAAACUACUUUAUAAAAGAACAGAGAGUGAGCUCCUUAUUGCAUUUUAAAAUUACCUUGGCAUUUAUACCAGCUCUAAGGGAAAACCUCAGCGGCUGAUCACGGUAGGACAAUUGCAAUCCUUGAGAGAAUGGGUGUUGUGUUGGUGGAUUUAGUCACCCCCCUCCCAGGACAGGGUUUCUCCGUGUAACUCUGGAUGUCUUGAAACUCUCUCUGUAGACCAGGCUAGCUUCAAACUCAGAGAUCCACUUGCCUCUGGCUCCCGAUUGCUGAGAUUAAAGGCAUGUGCCACUAUCACCAAGUGGAUUUAGUUAUUUUUAAUUUUAGUCUCUGUUGUAUGUACUCACUUAUGUAUGUUCUUAGAGAGAUCUGGAGUUAAAAGGUUAAGCAGAGAAACUCAGGCUUGUUUUAAAAUUUGCUGAUUUUUGUUUUUAAAACGAAGUAUGUUUGUCUUCCAUUUAAAUUCUAAAACACCAGUGAUCAAAUUAAAGCAUGGAAAGGUUAUAUGAUCGGACCAAGGCAAAAACAGGUAGUAAGUGAUACAAUGAUGUUUUUAGUUGUGGGGGUUUGACUCAAGUAGCAAUAUAAUUAGUUCCUUUGCUUUCCUGCUUCAUGGUGAUGUAGGGUCAACACCACAUCUGCAGCAGGGCAAAAGAAGUACAUAGAGCUUUGUUUUAUAUUCUAAGAAAAACUCUGUGUUUUCCCCUGAAGAUCAACCAACAUCUGACAGUGAUACCACUUGAACAAGAAUCACCCACUAGAAAAUACAAGGAAGACCUAGGUAGAGCAUUAGGACUACCAGGUCCUAUCUUUUCUAGGUCAUCCCAAGAGAUUCCAUGAGAAACAGAAAGGAUUCUAACUUCACCUCUUUCUGCAGUGUGAGAGGAGAGAGGGCACAGACUUCCUAAAGGAGGACAAGCAACAGGUUAUUCUGAACAAUGAGUAGACUCUGUUAACACAGAGAACCUUCACAAGCAUGGGAAACAGAGCAAGAUAGCUUCAUUUAUGUUUUCUGAUUUGUAAAACACGGCCCUGACACUUUGAUUUGUCUACACCACAGACAGGAACACAUCCGAUGGCAUUCCACCCUCUUCUCUCACCACUCUACACUGUAAUAGAAAACCCAUCUCACCUAUGAUGUCAAGACCAUCCUACAACUACACAGUGGAAGCCCCUGCCACCUUCUUCCUUGUGGGCAUUCCAGGUUUGCAGUCUUCCUAUCUUGGGCUGGCCAUCUCAUUGAGUACCAUGUACAGCAUAGCCCUCUUAGGAAACAGCCUCAUCAUUACUGUCAUCUGCAUGGAUUCCACUCUACAAGAGCCCAUGUACUUCUUUCUCUGUGUUCUGGCUGCUGUGGACAUUGUCAUGGCUUCUUCUGUGGUACCUAAGAUGGUGAGCAUCUUCAGCUCAGGAGACAGCUCCAUCAGCUUUAAUGCCUGUUUCACUCAGAUGUACUUUGUCCAUGCAGCCACAGCUGUGGAGACAGGGCUGCUCCUGGCCAUGGCUUUUGAUCGCUAUGUGGCCAUCUGCAAGCCCCUACACUACAGAAGAAUCCUCAGACCUAAAUUGAUGCUGGGGUUAUGUGUGACUAUCAUCAGCAGAGCUGUCAUUUCCAUGACUCCACUGAGCUGGAUGUUGAGUCAUUUGCCUUUCUGUGGCUCCAAUGUAGUUCCACAUUCCUACUGUGAACACAUGGCUGUGGCCAAGUUAGUAUGUGCAGACCCCACGCCCACCAGUUUGUACAGCUUGAUUUGUUCCUCUAUCAUUGUGGGAUCUGAUACGGCCUUCAUUGCUGCCUCCUAUACUUUGAUUCUUAGGGCAGUAUUUAGCCUGUCCUCAAAGAACGCACAGCGGAAGGCAUUAAGCACAUGUGGCUCUCAUGUGGGAGUGAUGUGUCUUUUCUAUCUCCCCGGGAUGGCAUCCAUAUAUAUAACCUGGUUGUGGCAGGAUGUAGUUCCCCUGCACACCCAAGUGUUGUUAGCUGACUUGUACCUCAUCAUCCCACCCACCCUAAACCCUGUCAUUUAUGGUAUUAGGACCAAGCAGAUCCGGGAGCGAAUGCAGAUGUUGAUGAUGUGUGGCUUUAGAAAAGGUUUGUGAACAUAGAACUUUUUACAUUUAGUUCCCUAGACAAGUGCACAUGUUUUAAAGAUGUAUGGAGCAAGACUGUUUCACUUGUCAGUGCAGAGUCCAAGAUGAAGUUGUAAAGACCAUGCUUGCAUAAAAUUUCAAUUUUUGGUGAGAAAAUUGUUAUGGAUAUGGGAUGACUGCAAUAGUCUGAUAUGUUCAAUAAUUCCAUUUAACUUGUAUGUGCAAUAGCUUACAAACCUGGAAACAUGGAGGCGGUACAAUUGGUCCCUUCCAUAGACAGAGCCAACAAUUCUCCCACAUCCCAAUUUUGUCACUCGUGGGCUACUUUUGUACAACUCUCCAUGACGUAACAGCCACUCUACAGCAAUAGUUCUGUGUACAAUCUUAAUUCCCGUUCAUUAUUCCUUUCAUCUGACUAGGUUGGCUUUUGUUUAGUGGGAUUCUCUCCCCACAUUUCUUUCCCCUACACCUUCAAAGAGAAUGUUAUACAGUUACAAGAACCAUGUAGACUCCCCUGAUGGCAUCAGAAGAUGCUAAUUUAACACCAGCUAGCUGCUGGAUGGGCUUUCCUUCCUUCCUGUUGACUUUAUUUCUUCUUCCCUGCUAAUAUCUUGUUUUUGAUUUUGGGGUCACAGACCUCACUCUAACCCAGAGACAAACACAUGUAACCAGAUAUACGAUAUACCUCUGUGGCCACAUGUCAGUGUGCCCUUGUGACACCUUGUGACAUGGCCAUUUUUUUGUUUAAAGGGCUCUAGACUGCUGGGAGGGGCCCUAAGGAACAAAGGUGCUGAUAUGAAGGUUCCGGCUGCCUGGGGCAAAGGGGGAUGGUUGCCACAUGCAGAAUCUAUUGUUUGCCCUCCCCUCUCUACAGAGAACACAAGUAUGGGAUGGAUUUUGUGACUUUACAAUGAACUGGUGAG